AUGAUCACUCCUAAAUACUCGGCAUAUGAGAAGGAAAAAAAAGUGGGUGAAGGCACUUAUGCUGUAGUGUAUCAAGGCUGGGCUAUUCCCAAUACUGCUUUGGAUAAACGUAAAGUAGCCAUUAAAAAGAUCAAGAUUGGCCAAUUCAAGGAUGGUUUGGACAUGUCUGCCAUACGAGAAGUCAAGCUACUUAAAGAGUUGCACCAUGUGAACAUUGUCGAGCUGAUUGAUGUGUUUGCUCACAAGACCAACCUGAACCUUGUGCUAGAAUUCUUGGAUGCUGAUUUGGAAAUGAUCAUCAAGAAUAAGAAUGUGGUAUUUAGUGCUGGUGAUAUCAAAAGCUGGAUGCUGAUGAUGCUUCGUGGGCUAUUCCAUUGCCAUCGAAACUUUAUUCUUCACAGGGAUUUAAAACCCAACAAUUUGCUCUUGUCAUCAACUGGGCAGCUUAAAAUUGCUGAUUUUGGGUUAGCAAGAGAGUUUGGCGAUCCCACUCGAGCCAUGACAAGUCAGGCCGUGACUAGAUGGUAUAGAGCACCAGAUCUUCUACUUGGUGCCAAACAGUAUGGAACAGCAGUCGAUAUGUGGUCUGUCGGAUGUAUAUUUGCCGAAUUGAUGUUGCGCACACCUUAUUUUGCUGCAGAAACUGAUAUUGGUCAAUUACAAACCAUUUUCAGAGCUUUAGGAACUCCCACUGAAGAGGAUUGGCCAGGGCUAAAAUCUCUACCUGAUUACCACGAGUUUGCCAUGCAUCCAAAAACGGCAUUAUCGGUUCUAUUCACUGCUGCCAGUAAUGACACUUUAGAUUUGCUUCAACGCAUGAUCAUAUACGAUCCACUAAAGCGUAUAACCUCGGAACAGGCUUUGGAUCAUGUUUAUUUUCGAAACCUGCCGCGUCCAACGGAUCCAAGUCGACUACCAAAGGAUACCAAUGGACAAACACAACAAAACACGGCAGCAGACGAGUUGAUCAAGGCAGAAGAAAGCACAGCAUCAAAACGAAAACUGGACGUACAGCAAGGUGAUGGUUCCAAUACAAGUAAGUUGCAUGACAUGACAUUGAAAUGA